GAGACCUCGUAAUUGAAUCAUUUCAUGUGAUGCAAACGAAUUACUCCGUAAAAUCAAUUUGAACCCUUCGCUCCAAAUAAACUCCCCCUUACGGUCAUUUGGCCCCAGGUUCGACAGAUUAUCUAUUGUUUCUCCCAGAGAUUAUUCGCAGAUUGUCCGUUGUCCCAUCUUCUGCUCUUUCUUCUGCUUCCAUUUCCCCUUCUUCUUCCUCUUCCUCUCCGUCUUUUCAACCCUUUCGCGUCCUUCGUCCUUCGUCCUUCGUUCUUCUUGCACAUAUAUAUAUUCUCCUUUCCAUUUCCUAUUCUCUUCCUACCUAGCUCGAGAUUUAAAGUGCCUGCUAGACGUCUCGGGCCAUUGACUCUCGUACACUUUUAUUCGUCUUUUCCUUUCUAUUUUGAGCAUCGGUAGUCGGACCUCCCGCCUCCUGCCCUUUCAUCAUUCCCUGGUCUCACAAAAGUGACGUCCCCCAGAUCCCGCCAAACCCCAAAAAAUAACAAGAUGCUAAGCAGGUACAUGAAUUAGUACGCAUACCGGUAGACUAUUCACCUGCUCCCCCCCCCCCCAAAUUAUUCAUCAUUCCUCAACAUUAAUCACAAUACUCCCAAUUCAAUCUGUCAUUCUUUUGCAUUUUGCUCCAAUCCAUCUUCUGUUUGCAGCGUUUCGAGGUUGAUUUGACGCCGGCUAUUAAAUUGGGAAUCAUUGUGUUGUUAUAUAAUCAACCGUCCGACAAAGAAAGAACAAAACACAAAACCCUUAUUAGAUUGUACAUGUCAUAAGUUCAACCAUAUCAAUUUGAAGGUUCAUCCGGAGCUCGCGGAAUCACCGCUCCAUUAAUAUAUUUCUCAACUUACUAUUAUUCAAAGUAAAUUAAAUCUCCCAAAAUGGGCCGGAAUCGAGUUAUGUCGUUCAUGUCCCAGUUCAGGGACAGAGACUCUAAAAGCCCUACUCGACAACCUCCAUCUACGGGUCGAGCACGAAGCCGAACUGAAUCCUACACACAGGCAGGGUCUCAAGACACAGGAAAGUCGUCUUCGGGAAAAGAGCCAUUUCCAACUUCGAGUUUCCAAAUGCCCUCUCACCAGGAAUCCCCUUCGAGCGAAGUUCGCGCCUCUACUCAGCCUACUCGAACAAGGGAGCGAGCAUCUUCUAGACCAAUAUCUAUGGCACAAACCUUUCAACCUCCACUGAUGGAUGUGAACCAAGAUACUUUGCCGGAACUCCAACCAAUCUUCACAUUCUUGAAUAGUCACAGCAACAAGUUGUACCAGGAAGGGUAUUUCUUGAAAUUGGAUGAUCAAAACAUACAUGGCAAGGCCAAUGCCGAUCGGACCUGGACAGAAUGUUUUGCACAGCUUGUGGGAACUAUUCUUUCAUUGUGGGAUGCAGCAGAGUUAGAUGCUGCUGGACAGGAUGGCGAGGUCCUUCCAAAGUUUAUCAAUCUCACAGAUGCCUCGAUCAAAAUGAUUGAAUCCCUUCCCACAAGGUCACCUACAGAAGCGCCUUUGCAGAAUGUCCUCAGCAUAUCAACAGCUGGUAAGAAUAGAUACCUAUUGCACUUCAAUUCGCAUCACUCGUUGGUCCAAUGGACUGCCGGUAUUCGUCUUUGCAUGUAUGAGCAUGCUACAUUACAAGAAGCCUAUACAGGUGCGCUCAUUGCUGGUAAAGGUAAACUAUUAAACAACAUCAAACCCAUCAUGGAGCGCUCAAGGGUCCAAACUGCAGACUGGGCCCGAGUGAGAUUUGGCGCUGGAACGCCUUGGAGACGAUGUUGGUGCGUGAUAACUCCACCCGAUGAAAAAGAGGUCCAAAGAUUACAAAAGCAAUCGCAAAAGAAGAGAUCGGCAUAUGACCGCUCUCGACCCCCUAUAUUGAAAGGCGAUAUCAAAUUUUAUGAUUCUAAGAGAACGAAGAAGGUUCGACCAAUCGCUACGAUCAACGAUUCAUAUUCUGCGUUUGCUAUAUAUCCUCAAUCCAAACCACUCAUAGAUGCUUCCACUUUAGUCAAGGUUGAAGGAUCUAUCACGAUUCACUCAAACCCCCCUUUAACAUCUGAAGGAUUCGUUUUCGUUAUGCCCGAAGUACAUCCGGCUGUAAGUGGCUUUGAAAUGAUGCUCCGUUGGCUUUUCCCAGUCUACGAUACGUUUGGCCUGUAUGGACGCCCUGGUCGUUUGAUUGCAGAGACAAAUGAUACCAGAAGUUUGAUGUUUGCAAUGCCAGAACACCGAAGAUAUGGAUAUUUAGAAACCCUCGAUGUUUCAGGUCUAAUAUCGGAGCAAGGUAGUGCUAACUGGUUAGAAUCUGAAUGGAGAGGAAGAAUGAAAGAUUUGACAGCUAAGCGAAUGGUGACGCUCAGGAACAACAGCCAAAGAAAUAGCCAGUACGGUAGCAGGAGAAGUCGCAAUAGUGCAGGAAAUCCUCGUACUCGCCUUCAGUUUGAUGAUGCAGCAUCGGUUAGAUCAUCACCAUCGAUACAGUUUGGUGCCCGUCCAUCGGGAGAUGUUGGCUAUAGCGGUCUCCCCAGAACUGAUUCGGCACCUGUAAGCGCUGUUGCAUUCCAACAGCCAAAGAACUCAGGACUGCCUCAUCAAAGGUCAAUAUCUGAAUCUCAACCCCCAAGCCGUGAUCAAAAUCAAAAUCCUUCUGUCUUUGAUGGAGCUUAUGAACCUGCUUCUAUCCCACCUCUACACAUUGGCUCAGGUUUGAAAUACGCACAAGAUGGUACACCUUCUCCCGAUCGCCUCAGUUCAGAAGAUGAGCAAGCAGCCAAUGCAACCCCAGUUCGUGAACUGCAAGAAUUGCAAACCGUUACGAUCCCAGAACCUGUAGCUGCACCCCCAGCUUUCAGGCACGCGCCGGGCGCCAAACCCCCUAGCAAACCUCUACAAUCACCGGAUCUUCGAAAAGCGAACAAUCGUAUGUCUACCGCAACAUUAUCUCAAUUAACUGGUGCUGCCGGUGCUGCAGCCUCUUACCAAAGUCAAGAACGGCGAGGAUUAAAUGCUCAAACGCAUGACAGAAUAGAGGAGGAUGAAGAUCAAGGUAGAGGGGUACUUUCAGACGUCACCAGAAAUCACCAUAUGCCUGCUAACCAUGACAUCAUUAAUGAAGGCAUCGUAGCAACCUACGAACCUCGCAACGAACAAGAGUCAGCUCUUUCCUCGAACCGCGACCAAAUACCGUAUCAAAACCAACACUAUCAGUCCAAUAAUACAAAUUUUAAUUCAAGAUCACAACCGAAUCUCUCAAACGAUAUGCUCCCACCAAAGAAUCCCUCAAGCCAGCCAUCUCAUCUACAGACCAGCCAAAGCAUCUCAAGAAAACCUCUACCUACACAACAAGAGAACCAAUCAAGUCCUAAUUCAUCGCACCCACCCUCUAGCUCUGGGAGCUUGACUCAACAUAUUCUCGAUUCAGGCGCUUUCGACUUGAUACUGCCUAAAGCCGAAGACUUCAAGCUCCCACAGAUGAAUAGACACAAUAGUGAUUUAAGUAGUGCAUAUGAUGAUGCUGCAUCGACUGGUACCCCAGAUUAUGCCAGUACUAAAAAGUCUGUGCGUUCUGUUCGGACGCAAGAGUCUGUCGAAAAGCCUCGAGCAGGCAGGAAGAAGAUCAUCGGUAAUGUCGAAGUUGGGCAACCUCUUUAUGGCGACGAAAACACAUUGUCAAAAGGGGUUGAUAUUGAUUUCGGUCCUACCUUUGAUCUCAAUCGAGCACCCGGCCAAGACUCUCCAAGUCCUCCUCCUAAACAGAAUAAUUUUAAUCAGUCCAGCUCUGAAAAGCGUCCAAACCAUGAAAGAUCUCCUAGCGGUAAUGCACUAGCUUGGCAACCUGGAAUGAGUGCAACCGCUGCUAAUAAUACUUUUGGCCACAAGCAAGGUUUGACGGCGGAAGAGUAUGUUCAACAGCGUUCCAUGGUUGCUGCUGCCACACCACAAUAUAUUCACCAACGUCAACCUUCGGGCAACAUUCUACGUGCACCUUCUCCUACGCCUGCACGCGCCACACCUUCCCCUACACCUGGAAGAUAUACCCCUUCCCCUACGCCAGGUCAAACUUCUAAGCGUUCCAGUGCACUUUUAGCUCAACAUUCACGCCAUAGCUCAGCAGAUUUGUUAAAUUUCAAUGAAGGACAUGGUCAAAACCGCCACUCACAUCGUAGCUCAACAGAUCUAUUAAACUCUGCUGAAGUAUAUGGUCAACAGCAACAUGCACGUCACAGUUCAGCUGACCUCUUACGUCCAAGCUCCAGAGGUGCAAAUAGAGUUUUAGGGCCUUCUGGAAAUGGUGCCGUUACAACAACUCUCUCUGCCCGAGAGCAAGCUUUUGUUGCUAAAAUGACUGGUGGACCCCUGAUUGCUAUGGUUAAGAAUAACAACAAAGACAAUGUUGUUUCCGCCGGUCUCGUUGGAGCUAUUGAUUCGCGUGAGAAGGAGAGGCAACAAGUCAAGCAAGGAUUCAAAUCUCAGUCAGUACAGCAUGCGAUUGCACUUCGUCAACAGCAAUUUGCUCAGCAGCAGCAGCAGCAGCAAGCUGAGCAACGUCGUCUUGAUCAUCAAAUAGCUGAACAAAAUCGUCUCCUGCAACAAGCUGAACAACGCCGUUUUGAACAACAAAUAGCUGAACAAAAUCGUCUUUUGCAACAAGCUGAACAACGCCGUCUUGAUCAACAAAUAGCUGAACAAAAUCGUCUUCUGCAACAAACUGAGCAACGCCGUCUUGAACAAAUAGCCGAACAAAAUCGUCUUCUGCAACAAACUGAGCAGAACCGUCGCCAGUCGCAAUAUGCCAAUACCAACUAUUCACCAUCACAGUUUGCAGUACCUAGUAAGAGAGGCUCAUGGAUGGGGCCAAACUUCCCUCAAACUGGGGCAUGGACAACACCAGGGCAAUCACCUGGACAAUAUCAAACAACUCUGGCACACUCACCUGGACAAUAUCAAACAACAUUGGCUCACUCACCUGGACAAUAUCAACCAACAUUGGCUCACUCCCCUGGACAAUAUCAACCAACCUUAGCACACUCUCCUGGGUAUCAAGCUUCCCCUCAUCAAUAUUCUCAACAACAGCAAUAUUUCCCUCAAUAUCCACCAACGCAAGGAGGACAGAGGAACUCUGGAUACUAUGGAUAGGAUAUGCAUUAGGUUGGCAGCAUAGCCUGGCGUUAUUCGUAUAAAAUCUUGAAUUGAUUUGGAUUUAAAAAGAUUGUCGUUUGGAAUAGAAACAAUUCUUGUUCUUGUAAAAUCUUUUGGUCUUUAUCUUUCUUUUCGGUCUCUUUUCUCUUUCUUUCUUUUGUUGAUAGCGGGGGCAUGGCGUGAAGGCUCACGUACACGGCUGGAUGGAGGGGGGUUUCUACAUUGGGCUAAAGUUAAAUGCUGGGGAUAAAUUCGACUAGCCUAGAAAUGGCACAUCUUCUUUUUCUUCUUUUCUUUUGUAUACCAAGUAAAUUGGAUGGAUGGAUGCUGUAGAGCGAAAGGAUAAGGCAAAACCACUUGAUCCUCUGUACUUGAAGGGGCAUUAGCUUAGGAAAAAGUAAAUGAAUGUAUAAUUCUGAAUUGCGAGCUCUAAGACA